AUGGAUUUGCCUGGACUAAUUCAUGAUUUUCUUUUAGUCUUUCUGGGGUUAGGUCUUAUAUUAGGAGGUCUAGGAGUAGUAUUACUUACCAACCCAAUUUAUUCUGCCUUUUCGUUGGGAUUGGUUCUUGUUUGUAUAUCUUUAUUCUAUAUUUUAUCAAACUCUCAUUUUGUAGCUGCCGCACAGCUCCUUAUUUAUGUGGGAGCUAUAAAUGUUUUAAUUAUAUUUGCCGUGAUGUUCAUGAAUGGUUCAGAAUAUUACAAAGAUUUUAAUCUUUGGACUGUUGGAAGCGGGGUUACUUCCUUAGUUUGUACAAGUAUUUUUGUUUCACUAAUUACUAUUAUUCCAGAUACGUCAUGGUACGGAAUUAUUUGGACUACAAAAACAAAUCAGAUUAUAGAACAAGAUUUGAUAAGUAAUGGCCAACAAAUUGGAAUUCAUUUAUCAACAGAUUUUUUUCUUCCAUUUGAAUUCAUUUCAAUAAUUCUUUUAGUUGCUUUGAUAGGUGCGAUUGCUGUGGCUCGUCAGUAA